GCAUUGUGAAAAGUGUAAAUUCAAUUCAAUUCAAUUCAAAUGUUAGUAUCUGGAAUAAUUCUCUCCAUAGAAAUGGCGCAGACGUAAAGUAUAGCUAAACCGCACAAUCAACCCCCCCUCCCCGACUCCCCCUUCCCCAGCCGGGCCAUAAAUACAGUACAAUAGUAUUCUUUCUUUCUUUCUCAAACGCACUACCCUACUCUGAUUAGUGACUGCUAUUAAGGGGCAAAUCUUUGGUUUUGGACAUCUUCUCUAUCAAUCUUCAGUAACAAAGAUGUCAGGGCCUCAGUGCUGUGAGAACCCACCAACUUUGAGCUCAAGUAGCGGUGUUGGGUCAGUGUUAGAGUUUGGGGGUCUCAAAACCUACGUCUCUGGUUCGUCCAAUUCCAAACACGCCAUCCUCCUCGUCUCCGACAUUUUUG